GAAUUUCCCGCUUUUCAGAAUGAUAUAGAAGCGUAAUGGAACAUUUGAUGAAUAUAAAUAAUGUAUUGUGCAUUUUUCAGUUUGUUUUCUCAAAAUUUGUCAGAGUUCUGUAUGAUUUUUUUUGAUACGGUUGAGACUGUUUUGUCAUCGAUUAAAAAUGUGCCUUAGAAAAAUGUUAGAUAUAUCAUAAAACUUUUGUGUGAAAAAAUUUUUUAUUCUUUGUGAAUAUGUACAUUGUAAUCAAAGAUUCUUAGUGAGGUGUAGUGAAAUUCGGAAUAGUACGGAGUGUCAGAAACAAGAAACUAGAAUACAGUUAAUUUGUAUUAUAUUGUUUGUUAAAAAAAAUGAGUGGUUAUUGUGAAUGUAAAUGUCAGCAUUAAUGUCAUAAAAAUUUAAGGUUAGAUUCGUGUUACAAGUUGCAUAUUACAUUCUCUUAGUAUUAUUUUGUUUAUAUAAUACAAGUGUUUAUAAAUAAAUUAUUGAAACCAGAGAAAAUCUACAACGUAGGUAGCUCAAGAACAUUCUUCUUCAUCAUUUUGAUAGUGUGCAUCGCUCAGUGUAUUACUUUAGAUACAGCCAUCUAACAUCUACGUGAUAUGUUUCAACUUUGGUUACUGCAAAAAGUAUAAUCAUGGCAGAUCGAGAUUAUGAAAUGGGUCCAACUACAGAAAUGAUGGUAAAUGAUUUUGAUGAUGAACGGACUUUAGAUGAAGAAGAAGCUUUAGAAGGUAGUGAAGAUUCUCACAACGAGUUGUCCAACUUACAAAAGGAAGGUGAUAUGCCACUAAAAGACCUACUUGCGAUGUAUGGAUACGGGGACCCAUCUACAGAAAAUUCAAACAGUUCAGACCAAAUGCUAAUCCCAUCUGGAAGCGGCGAUCCAGAAAUUGAAGAACAGUAUUCAGAUAAGGGAGAUAACGACGCGGAUGACGAUGAAGAUGAUGACGAAGCGGAUGCAACUAGUAACGAGCCAGAUCUCAAGCAAUUUUACACAGAGAUGUUGGUAAAAGGAAAAGAUUCAUCAUCGUUGGUGUCAGGAUCGGCGAUGAAAGGAAGUAAUACCAGUGAUGUAGGUACUGGAGACAAUAACAGACGACACAGAAUUCCUGAUGAUGAUGAAGAUGAUGAAGAAGGUGAAGGGGAAGAAUGUUCUAUGAUCGAUGGUUGUAGUAACAAUGAAAAUACAAGGACGACUUCAACAAUGGGUGGCACUACUACUGCCAAAUGUAGUAGCAUAACCGCGCUUGCUAGCUGUACAAACGAUAAUACGGGAGGUGGAGUAGAAGGUAGUGUUAGCAGUGGUAUAGUAGAUGGAGCAGAAGAUGGAAUAGUUAGCGGUGGUAUAGGUAGUGGUACGUCAAGAUUAUUGCGAAGCGUUUCACGACCGCAGAGCGAAGAAGAAGAAGACGAUUGCGAUUAUAGUCCAGACGAAGAAGAAUGGAAGAAGACAAUCAUGGUCGGUAUUAAUUACCAAGCGGCCAUACCAGAAGGUCUCUGUCAUUACGACGAUGCUUUACCUUAUGAGAAUGAGGAUAAAAUGCUGUGGGAUCCCAGCCACGUACCCGAAGAGGAAACUGAAGAGUUUUUAGAACGGGCACAGUUACCAGCCGUAAAAGGUGGUUCUCUGCCGACAGGGUCUCAUAUUAGAGAUGAUGAGCAAGCUUUAUAUCUAUUGUUACAAUGUGGUUACAAUCUUGAAGAGGCAUUAAGAAGACGAAGAAUGAACGUCGUACCGCCGACGGAUGCAGUUAGUCUUUGGUCGGAAGAAGAAUGUCAUAAUUUUGAAUCUGGAUUACGAAGUUACGGAAAAGAUUUUCAUCUUAUACAGAAGAAUAAGGUUCGAACGCGAUCUGUUGGCGAAUUGGUGCAAUUUUAUUAUCUUUGGAAGAAAACGGAACGGCAUGAUAUAUUUACGUAUAAGGCUCGCUUAGAAAAGAAGAAGUAUGCUUUACAUCCUGGUAUCACCAGGGACUAUAUGGACCGAUUUCUGGAAGAACAAGAGGGUGUUCGCGAUCGUAGCAGCUCACCAAAUGUUCAUUGCUUAUUGUAUGGUGAUGCGAAACGGCAAAGGUCAACCGUUAAUGCUCCAAACAAUGACGAAGCAAAAUCGGCGGAACCAUGGGAUGGUACCGUAAUUGAUCCUUUAGCAGAUUCGAAUGGACCAACGCCUGCACCGCCGCCACUCCCUCCUCCACCUCCACCACCACCGGUAUCAACCGCUGUGACUGUAUCGUCCUCAGGUUCUGUUUCAACUACAUUGGCAUCAUCUACAUAUUGUACUACGUCAACUCGUCAUUCCGAAUGUUCACCGUCCGAUUCUAGCUACACUAACCCACAUAUGUGGUCGAAUUUGACGUCUCGAAGUCACUCUACCUCCUCUAUUGUAACGACAAUUACAAUAAAUACGACAACAACUAGCACCGUUCCGAUGGUUACGGCCGUUGGAAUUACAAGUACGGUUACAAGCAGUUCUACCAUCACUUCUCCCGCCUCUAAUAAUUUUUAUCAUUCGAGAGUGACGUCGAGAAGCAACGAUGUACACGAUUCACCAUCGCCAGAGAACAUUUUACCUCAUCUGCCUCCUUAGCGUCGAACACGACUUUCAGGUUUUAAGCCUGGAAGACGUUUUAUGUCUUGGUGCGAUGUGAUCCAUUUAACACUCGCGUUAUCACUAUUGUCGUAACAUAUAAUAUUCGUUAAUAUCAUGAAUUAUAUUUUUGUACUGUAUCGUAUAAAUAUGAUUAUCGAUCGAUAUAACGGAAACAAAGCAAAGAACAAGUUUUUCGCAAAACUAAAAUAAAAUGAUAGCAAAAUAAGUAAAUCGAAAAGAUAAUUAAAUAGGAUAAGUGGCACGUGAACGUGAAUUACUAUAGCUUUUUCCAUUUUCUGCUUUCUACUUUCCGAUAACUACUUCUGAUUCCGUAGAUGAUGUUCGUACAGGAAGAUGAGUUUAAAAUAUUCAAACGUUACAAAUGACAGGAUUGUAUAAAUUGGAUGCAAAAUUUAUGAAAAUAAUUAUACUGUUGUCGUCUAAGCACUAGGGAUGUGCUAGAAUCCCAUAGUCAGGUUGGGCCGCAAAAGUAUUUGGAGACUCGAGAAUAUCGGGAUUCCCGAGAAUUUCGAGAAUGUGGAUUUUAAACAUUUUAGAACUAGCUCUGUUGAUACUAAUGACAAAGUGAGUUCGGGUUCAGAAAAUUCUCAGCAAAUCACGAUAUUCUCGAAAUACUUUCGAGACCUGAUCUGACCCGACCCGAUAUUUUUGGUUCUCGCACAUCUCUACUAAACACGUGUCUAGCUCCUGAUACUACUAAGUGUACAAAAAAAGCGAUCUAUAAGUUUAAUGAAAAUCAAAAUUUCGAUAAUCUUCUAAAAUGGUUAAAUUAAAUGAAAUUUAAUGAAACUGUA